AUCCACAAACAACCCAUCCGUGUCCACGGGCGACUGACCAGCGAGGCAUGCCUCAUUGACUCACGCUUCUCGGUCAAGGUCGCCCAUUACGGUCUACCGACCAUUUACGACAACACAAAACGUCACGAAAAGGAUUUACUUUGGAUGGCACCGGAAGUACUAAGAUCAGGAGGGAAGGCAACACCGGAAGCAGACGUGUACAGUGUGGGAAUCAUCAUCUCGGAGAUCUUAACAAGGGACGCGCCGUUUGGACAAGAGCGAGAGUUAUACUCCAUCAACGAGAUCGUAUCCAGAAUCAAAGAACACCUGGACUUCCCCCUUAGGCCAGGCUUCCAGACCGCCCCUGACAUGGGGGUCAUAGGUCAGCUGAUGGAGAAAUGCUGGGAGGAGGACCCGACUAAAAGGCUGCCACUGCUCAAAUUAUCCAGUUCCUUGCGUGCACUGAUGGCGAAGGUGAACAAGUCCGGCAGUCUGGUGGACAACCUACUGCAGAGGUUGGAGAAAUACAGCACCAACCUGGAGAAGAUCGUGGACGAGAAGGUCGAGGAACUCAGGCAAGAGAAGCAGAAAUCUGAGGAGCUUCUUAAACAGAUGCUGCCCGCGAGCGUGGCAGACAGACUGAAGGCCGGCCUGACGGUGGAGCCAGAGUUCUACGACUGUGUGACCAUCUACUUCAGCGACAUCGUCGGCUUCACCGUCAUCUGCUCCCAGCUCAAGCCCGAGCAGAUCAUCAUCUUCCUCAACGAGCUCUACUCCUGCUUCGAUGACGUCAUCGGCAGCUUUGAUGUCUACAAGGUGGAGACUAUAGGCGACGCUUACAUGGUGGUCUCUGGUCUGCCGAACCGGAACGGCAAUGAGCAUGCGCGGCAGAUUGCUCGGAUGUCCUUGGCCUUGCUCCGGGUGAUUUCCGAGUUCAAGGCAUCGGGGUUUCCCCAGACUGUCAUCAAGCUAAGGAUUGGACUGAACUCAGGUCCAGUCUGUGCUGGUGUAGUCGGUCUAAAGAUGCCACGUUAUUGUUUGUUUGGUGACUCGGUCAAUACGGCGUCAAGGAUGGAGUCCAACGGUGUCGAACUGAAGAUCCACAUGAGUGGCAGCACAGUUGGCAUACUUGAAACUUUUGGAAACUUCCAGAUUCAAUCUCGCGGCCAUAUUGAAGUAAAGGGAAAGGGAAUGAUGGAGACCUUCUGGCUGCUUGGUGAAAAAGGUCCCUGACCUUUAUCUAGACGACCUUAAUUUUCCGACGGUGGCUAGUAAUGUUGUAAUGAAUAUGUACAUACAACUUACAAAUAAAAAUGAUUGUUUUUACUCUCAAUGGUAUU